CGUUUUAGAUUUGAUGAGACCCAAGAAUUUAACAUGAAACAUUUGGGAAGUGAAGAAGACUUCAGCAUUUUGUAUAAACUUAUUGCAAGUCAGUUAAAUGCAGGGGGUUUUGAUAGUAUCAGUAUGAAACUAAUGCCUAAAGAUGAAGACAUGCCACACCCAUCUCACUGGCUAAUGCAUCUUGUAAUGGUCGGCAGGGAUGUUCUGGGUAUCACUGGUUUCAACUUCCAUGAGAAUCCAGUCACUCCUCACACAUCUUUUGUUAACUCUCUUCAACCUUAUUACACCUAUCCUCAAUUGGAUAUAUCUGAACUAGACUCCCCUAUAAAGCACUACAUUCUGGGCAACAUGACUCCCAGCAACAUGCCUCACAAUAUUCCUUCCUAUGAACAGCUUCCUUCUUAUUCUUCAGCCAAAGAAAUGCACCACGAACUGUCUACCAGUCAAAUAGAUUGUCUGAAAGCUGAUAUUCCAGCUGCUCAGAUAUUGGAGCCUGACACUUUUGAUCAUCUUCCAGAUUUGUCUUGUACCCCAGAUAGGAGUGUUGUCAGUCAGACCAUCACUAAUACUUGUAACCCUACUUACCACGGACAUGCUCCAGUUGAUAAGGCCACAAUUUGUGUGGGACUUAACAUGAACAAAUCCUCAAGUAACAAAAAUUUGGACUCUGUCAUUGAGACUCUAAAUAGUCAACUUGAUGUGGUGAGCACUGAAAUACGAGAUAAGAUAAACGAGUUAUCAACCAUAACACCUCAAGUAACUGGAGCUUCAAAUGAUUCUGAACCAGAAAUCCCUAAAGAGGAUGAAGUAACAAGUGUUGCCAGUGAUUUGGAGAAACUUUCCACGUUUCAUAUGAUGGACGAACUGUAUCCAGAGAACACAAAUUCACCUUCUUUAGAAUCCCCAGAAAGCAAACCAACUAGUCCUAAGGGCCUUACAAUUGAAGAGUUGGAACCCAUAAGUGCACCCAAACCGAAAAGGAAGCAAAAAAGGAACAACUCUCAAAAAGAAGAAAUCAAAAGAAGGAAGAAGUCAGACAGUGUUUCAGUUACAGCUGCAGCUUCCUCCGAAAAACCUGGAUGUUCAAAUGCAGACUCAAAUCAACCUGGUGAGACCGAAUAUCUGUCUAAUAUUCAAAGAGUUUUAACUAGCAACAUGAUGCCCACUAGCACACAACCAAAGAAAGCAAGAGCCCCUAAACAAACUCGCAAGAAAUCAGUGCCCAUGAUAUCACUUGAUGAGCAGACCCUGAUGGCUAAGAUGGCUGAAGACACAUCCCAGCAUUCUGUCCAGGAAGACCCCACUUUAAACUCAAAACUCUUAACAGAACUGCAACGCCUCUUGACACAAAACAACAUAAGAACAGCACUGCAAGGUGAACAGAAGAAGAGAAAGUGCAACCGCCCUUCUCUCGACUCCCCUCCUUAUAUCAGGCCCCCUCAGCUGCAUGAUAGCACCUCAAUGGACGGUUCAAGGUUUACACUGGUUCUAGAUAAACCUCGCAUGUUUCCUUGUCUCCAGUGCAACAAAGAGUUUAAAACGAAGCAGUGCUUAAAAAGGCACAUCAGCAGACAUCUUGGUGUGAAACUUCACAUCUGUUCAUAUUGUAACAAGAGGUUUAAUGAUAAGAGCAAUAUGAAGCGACACGCUGUGACUCAUAUCAAUGUUAGGAAGUUCACAUGCGACGUAUGUGAUCAAACUUUCUACAGAAAAGAGGUUAUGGAGCUUCACAAACGGAGAAUUCACACUAUUCCUAACGAUAUUUUGAACUGUCGCUUCAAGAAGUGCGGCUUUACUUGUAAAAUUCCUUACAAACUGGUGGAACAUAUUCAAACAGUACACUUCCACAACUACAGAUACAACUGCGAAAAGUGUAACUACAAGACACAACACAAUGUGAACUAUCUGAAGCAUUUACGUGUGCACUCAGGUGAUCGCCCGUUUAAGUGUCGGAAAUGUGGGAAAGGGUUCAAACAGCGCAAUGCUCGGAAGAAGCACUCCUAUGUCCAUCUGGAUCGACCUCACAAGUGCGAAAUCUGCUUGAAAACGUUUUGUCUUGAAUUAGCUUUGAGAAUUCACUACGAAAACAAUCAUGGACCAAGAGCUGCCCAGAAAAAGUUGCAUGAGAAGAGAAAAAGAGAAAUUCUGAGGAAAUACCGACAACAAAGAAGUGUACACUCUAAGAAAAUAUCGUUCGUUAACCUUAUGCCAACUAAGUUGUGACAGCAGUGAUCUAGUUCUGGAGCUAUGGUUUUUUCUUCUCGAGUUGAUCAUUUUCAUUAUCUUGACUAAGGUCAAAACAUUUACGAAAUUUAAAAAUUGAGUUUAAAGAGUUAAAUUGUUCCAGUUAUUUAUAUUAUUCAUUAUCGACUACUUGUUUCUAAGGUUUUUAAGUUUAAAAAUAUUUCAGUGAUAAGGUUUUUAAAAUCAUUUACUGUACAUAGCUAUUUAUUUCAUCAAAUUUUGACUUUGCUAAACUUUCUGCAUUACUGAUUUACCGAAUGCAAUGAGUU